AAUGGGCGUAUAUUCAAAUUUUAGUCACUCUUUUGUAUAAAUUACUAAGCACAUAACAAAAUUAAAAUAUGUCAACCAGAGGAGGAAUCUGUGAUGCUCGUUGCCAAGCAUUUCACACUGCAAUGAUACAAAAAGAAAAAAACACACGUAUUAGAUGGUUUUUGAAGAAUCAACACAAAUUAUUAGAUCAUUUGAGAAAAACUGAGGAAAUUAAGCUUCCGUCGAAACAUGAACCAGAAAAACAACCAGUCGUGGAUAUUAUACAUUUAAAACCCUUACCAAAUUGGAGACCCCUCGAACCUGAUGGUUCUAUCAAUAUGAACAUAAUGAAACCCAUUGAUCCGCAAGCAAGAACUAUUCUGUAUGAAGACGCCCCGAGUUUUGUUAACGCUGAAAAUUAUAUUUCCAAAAGAGUAAAAGACAUUCCUGAAAAUCGCUAUUACUACCCGGAUUGCACAAGUCGGAUAUACGGAUGGCGCUUAACAGAUUAUCCACCUAUUCCACGAAGUAAAGUUGGACAAACAAAUGUUAUGAUUCGUGAAUUUUAUCAUUCAAAAAUAUCGAGCCUUCACAGGGAUCCAGAAUGGUAUCGCUCUUCGAGAAGAAUAACAUUUAUAUGUGAUGAUAAAAUGAAUUAGUUUCCUAUUAGACGGAAAUUUAAUCAGGUAACUUUUUAUUUCAGUGUUUUAUGAAAAUUUUUUACCAAUUGUACUUUUCUAAAAACAGCAAAAUUUUUGUAAGUGAACGUUUUCCUUUAUGAUCUGCGAUUAACUAUGACUCAUUAAUUGUUGUCUUUUUAUCUACUUCUAGUUUUCAUAAAUAAUAAACAGUUUUCUUUCGUUGAUAAUCACGUAAAUAUUUCCCAUAUACAAAAUAUUAAUAUCCUAAGUUUUACAUUUUUUCUGUAUUGAAUAUUUCUUUACGGUAUUUAUUUUUCUUUAUAUAUUUCUGUGUUCAUUUCAUCAAAUACUAAAUAUUACAGUCCAUAUUUUAAGUUUGCAUUUUUUGUAUUUUUGAAGGAAACAAUAUAUAUUUAAUCAACAAUAUUUUACGCUUGACGAUACUUCUAUAAUAGAUUUUGUACAUCUCACAUGCUGUUUUCUUCGUAAAUCGUACUUUUUACGAUUCUUUUCUCUAAGCUAAACAGUUAUAUUUUUCUAUUGUUUAAAUAAGAUGAUAUAUAAAGUAAUAAAGAUUUUGCUAAAUUUGUUAAAAUCUAUUAAACAAAAAAUAUUUAUUACAUUGCCUUAUUUAAAAAACCGAGAGGAGGGAAUUAUAGAAAUCCCAUUGCUCCACUAAAUCUCUUAAAAGAAAAAAUGUACCUAUUUAUAACAAUUUACGAAAAAAUAGCUUGUAAGAUUUAUAGCAGAGCGUUCUUUGUGUGCAUCAUAUUUAACAAUUACAGUUUUAUAAUCUUUUCUGUUUUUCUACUAUCUUCUCAUUUCUUCCUUUUUUUUCUCUAUCCUUAUCUGAGUUAAUCAAAUGUUGUAAUCAUAACGGUAAUAGAUAGUUUGCUUGGCCCGGUAUAGCAUGAAACACAAAGUUAAUAAACUUCUGAAAAUGUUUAGUAACUUUACAAAGCUCUUCGCUCAAUAAUUUCUUCUCCAUAUGACAAUCGACAAUUUCUUUUUUCAUGAUGGUAAUUAUAUCUUUUAAGCGGACCAUUAAUUCAUAAAAUUCAUUGAUUUGUUGCUGUAUUAAAGCAUAAUUUCCUAUGAAAUAUUUCUUCUCAUAUAAUAAGCGAAAUUCGAAUAAUUUCGUUACCUGAAAGUAUUCAUGCAUGAUAUGUUUCUCUUUAUUACUUCGUAAUCGUUCCACACAGAGGAUAUAGAUUAAGUCUGCGGCAUUUUGUAUUUCAAACUGAUGUCUCUGAAUAUGUAAAUCUCUGCUCAUCUUCUCUUUAAAGUCCAGCAUUUCUUUUUUUAAUUUCACAUGCUGUUCCCUGUAUGAAUUUUAAUUCAAAUUACUUAUGCAAAUGCAAUGUUCAGAGAUGCGUAGUUAUGAACCUCAUUAUCUGAUUAAAAUCGGCAAUUAUAUUGUCCCUUUUGGCGCAAAACAGCUUUUCAAAUUCUUUGUACAACGAUAAGACAACGUGAGUCAUUUCCGCGCGCAUUUUUCGCGCCACUUCGUUGGUCACGUUUAUUCGUUCUUGUACAACUGCUUUUUGAGUGUUCUUAGCACAUUCUGCGGCUGCUUUGGACCAUUCUCCCUGAGAAAUAAAUUCGUUUUUUUUUUCUUUUUUUUUUGUUCAUAGACUUGUAUAACUUUUAAACUGCAUUAUAUGUACAUAUAUUCACUUCUCAUUAGACCCUUUUCAAUAGCGUAUUUUUAACAGCAUAUUUUUCACGAUCGAGAAUAUACGAAUGCUAUCCAAAAAAUGCUUUUUGAUAAACAUGUUAAUUUAUACAAUAAUAGCUAACAAUUCCAUUCCGACUAGAUAAAGAGAAUAUUCGAUAAUUCUCGUACUCAACAUCCUUGAGGUAAUUCAACGUUACACAAUCGCAUAUAUAUUAAACGUGUUUAAAAUAGGAUCUUCUAUUUGGCGAAGUUACUUGUACAAGCUACUCCAAUUACAAAUAUAAAAGUAAUUUAACUGCAUUGAAUUCUUUCAUAUGAAUCAUGUGAUCUUGAAUUCCUUCGUUAUUGCUUUAAUGCAUAUAUCAUUAUCAUUAAUAGAUCAUUAAUUUUAUUGCUUCUACAUCCGAUUAUUACAAAGCAUUAUCAGCUUAUUAGAUUCUUUCAAUCGUUUUUUAUGUAAUUGUAUUAAUAAAACUAUAUUAAUAAAAUAAUAUUAAUAAAAAUACAUUAAUAUUUAUUA